AUGCAGCCUCCUCCUGAUGAGACGCCAGCCCAGCACACUGCGCGUCAAAAAAGGGAGCUCGAUGCUCAACGACACAGCGACGAGAUCGACGAGGAUAUAAAACAGGAGAGAGCGGAGGCCAAGAAGCAACGUGGGGUAAUCAAAGUUUUGCUUUUGGGUCAGUCAGAGAGUGGAAAAUCAACGACGCUCAAAAACUUUCGCAUGCAAUACGCCAAGGGUGAAUGGAGCGCGGAGCGCUGUGGUUGGCGUGCCGUCGUUCAGCUUAACGUCGUGCGCUGCAUCACUACCAUCCUUCGAGUCCUCACAGAGGAGAUGAAUGGUGAUUCACCGGUUGAUUCAGAAGACGACCGAACUUCAGCGGGUCAAGACUCUAGCGACGAGGAGAGUCUUAAGGACGACAUGAAGGCGCUGUGGGAUGACAAAACGGUGCGGUUGGCCCUGAAACGUCGCAAGCUACAACUUCCCGAUUCUGUCAAUUUUUUCUUGAAAGAUUUGGAUCGUAUUGCGACUCGGAAUUACGUGGUUACUGAUCAGGACAUCGUUCGCGCUCGUCUGCGAACUGUUGGUAUACAAGAACACCGCUUGUUUUUUGAGCGUGGGCCAUGGGGCCAAGCCAGAUUUUCCCCUAUCUCUGUCUUCGACCAACGACUAGAAGAAGACUCAAGAGUCAACCGCCUUGAAGACUCAAUUAAUCUUUGGACAUCCAUUUGCUCAUCCAAACUUCUCGCAAAAACCCAACUCAUCCUUUUCCUGAACAAAUGCGAUUUGCUGCGAAAGAAACUGAAACGAGGUGUCCGUGUCAACCAAUACCUCCCUAGCUAUGGUGAUCGACCGAACGAAGUAAAUCCUGUUAUAAGAUAUUUUCGGGAUAAAUUCAAGGAGAUUCAAAAACAAUGCUCUCCGGAGCCCCGUACCACCUACAUCUAUCCGACAACAGUGACUGAUACAGAGGGCACUAUCACUACCCUAGAGUCUGUCCGCGACGGCGUCCUUCGGGAGAACCUCACAACCUCUCAGCUUAUAUAA